AUGACGAACGACCUUGGUGAGCUCAUUGUGUCGACCAAGUUCUCUAGCAUUUAUCGAAAUGGUACUACAGCUGUAAAAGUCACUCCUAUUGCAUCAGUGGUGAAACCACACGAUCCGGUGUUGGAGCUCGCGCUACUACGUAGAUUACAAGCUAACAGGAACCCGCAUAUAAUAGAAUUAAUUGCAUCUAGUGCUGAGCACGGAGUCAUCACGUUAAAGUUUCCCUAUUACAAACAGAAUAUGUACCAGUACCUGUUGACACACUUCCAAAAACGCCGCUGGAAUCCCUACCUUCUGAGUGAUCAAGCAUUAAGCAAACCGCAGCGGACUAAUAUGCUGCCAAUCGAGCAAUGCGUGGGCUUUUUCAAACAAAUCGCCGAAGCGCUUCGCCACAUCCACUCACAGGGAAUCAUUCAUCGAGACGUGAAGCUACAAAAUGUUUUGGUCGAUGAACGGCCUAGCGACGUCGGACGCGGAACCCCCACUUUAGUUCUUAUAGACUUCGGGAUUGCAUACGAGGAAGCACUAUCCAAAGAACCUAAAGAUUCAAAAAUAAUAGAUGUGUCAACAUCCAUUUACAAAGCUCCGGAGCUUUUGUUCAGCGUGAAAAAUUACUCGUCAGCAGUAGACAUUUGGGCCUUACUCGUUGUCGUUUCACAUCUUUUCCAAACCAGUAGUACUAGCGACAAAUAUGUUCCCGCCUUUGUGGAAGACGGGUUUGAAGAGUUGGACCAGGGAAGCGAUAUCCGCUUGAUUUCAUCUAUAUUUCGACAACUCGGAAUUCCAGCGUUGCAAGAAUGGCCCGAGGUCCGCGAUUUCGGUUCGCCUGCAUUCGAAGGUAUGUUUGGAACUUCUGGUGAUGGUCGUUAUAUCGCUAAUCGAACGGAACAAAACCAGCGGGAAACUUGCAUACGGCUCUUCCCGCGAGUUGAAGAGGUGUCGGAGCCUUCAAAAACGCAUCUAAUUAACUGCUUGCUGCGAAUGAUGCCAUUUGAGUCCUCCCAAAGGGUUUCAGCCCAUCAGAUUCUAGAUAUACUUCAAGACUGCGGUCCUGUAGCUAGCUAA